AUGAUUUCCGCAUAAUGUACAACCGAAGUAAUACUAGAAUUUUAUUGUCGUACUAUCUGAAAUGCUGCAGUUCCUUGGUGUUUUUCCGCCCAGCUAAUGGGGACACUAAUCGCAUUUUUCAACAUAUCGUCGUACAUUCUGCUCUUCCGAAAACUCUGCACUAUCUUUUGGCUGAUUGUACUAACACGCCACGGAAUGGCCGACAACAGUUGUAGACAUCUGGAUCGUAUAAUUGAGCGUUUAUUGAAAUGUCGUAAUGAUGAUUUUGUCGUACGCGCACACCUGGAUCCCAAUGAAAUAAACUCACUUUGUAAUGUUGCCACUCGUGUAUUUCGCUCACAGCCUGUUCUGUUGCGGAUAAGUUCUCCGUUGUGUAUUGCCGGGGAUAUCCAUGGCCAGUAUAACGAUUUGCUGAGGCUUUUUGAACAAAACGGCCGACCGGAAGACGGACAACGGUAUUUAUUCUUAGGCGAUUAUGUCGAUCGCGGAGCGCAGAGUAUCGAGACCAUCUGCCUGUUGCUGGCGUAUAAGAUCAAAUUCCCCCACGAUUUCUACCUUAUUCGAGGCAAUCACGAGGAGCGAGCGCUGAACAAAUACUACGGUUUCCGCGAUGAGUGCGUGGCGUACUACGGCGCCAAAAUGUGGUCAACAUUCAAUCGCGUGUUCGACUGGAUGCCCUUAGCGGCGGUAGUCUGUCGGAAAAUUUUCUGCGCGCACGGCGGAAUAGGUCCCACGCUGGAUGACCUUGCGCAGAUCGACAACAUCAGCCGGCCGCACCGAAGCAGCAGCCGCGGAGUAGCCUGCGAUCUAUUGUGGGCUGAUCCUGAUCCCAUGGCAUACUCUUGGAAGAAGAACGUUCAGCGCAAUGUCUCCUACGUUUACGGACGUAACCAAGUGCACGAAUUCCUACAAGGGAACAAUCUGCAGUCCAUUGUCCGUGCCCAUGAACAGCCGGCGGAUCGCGGAUUUUCCUACCCGUUUUUUCCCGACACCAGUGUAUUAACCAUUUUCUCCGCACCGGGAUACGAGGGAUCCACGACAGACGGUGCCGUGGUCAGAUUGGACAAAGACUGUGUACCCACCAUACGAACGCUGCGCUAUCUUAAUAAACAUCCCGAAAUUGUAGAUCGGGAUACAACGUACAGACGCAAAAGGAAGCGUGACUGAUUUACGUACAGGAUAUUAAUUUUUUUAUUCGAACAGAGUGAUUGCGGUGCAGUUACUCAAUGUAUUAACACUGCUUUAAUAAAUCACAUCGAAGUAUCAAUAAAUUAUAAUAAAAAAAUGCAGUCGA